AUAAUAAAAAAAAUUAUAUUUUUAUAAAUUUAUAAAUACUAAUUAUAAAUCGCGUUCGUUGUUGUGCUUGGGAGAGAAAAAAAAACAAUUACAUCGCGUCGCGUUACUCGUUUUUAUAAAUUUUAUAUAGUUUUUCGUGAUUUUAUUUACAAAAAAAUUUUUAAGUGAAUUUUUCUACGAAAUAAGUGUUUGGAAGAAUUUUUGAUUGUUUCUAUUCUCUUUUCAGAAUUUUUGUUUGUUUGUUAAUGAAGGUCAUACUGAAAUAGUGGCGCCUAAGCCAUCAUGAUUCACGUUGACGAGUCUGAUCCAGUAGGCGAACUCGAGCCUAGCUUCCCGUACCGGGAUGUCACAAUCAAACGUGGUGUUGAAGCCAAGGAAUUUUAUGAUCUUGAAUCGGAGAUCGGAAGAGGUAAAUUUGGUACAGUAUACAAAUGCCGUGAAAAAAGUACUGGUUUAACAUUAGCAGCGAAAUUUGUACCGGUACCACGUCGCGAGGAUCGACGUAAUGUUGAACGUGAAGUGGAAAUAAUGCGCCAAUUACAACAUCCAAGACUGAUACAAUUAUAUGAUGCAUUUGAUAAUGGUAAAGUCAUGUGUGUUGUCUUAGAAUUAAUCGAAGGUGGUGAAUUAUUUGAAAGAGUGAUUGAUGACGAUUUUAUAUUAACUGAAAAAUCAUGUACAGUAUUUAUGCGACAAAUAUGUGAAGGCAUCGAAUUUAUACAUAAACAAAAUAUUCUACAUUUAGAUAUGAAGCCAGAAAAUAUUUUAUGUCUGACAAAAAGUGGUAACAGAAUAAAAAUUAUAGAUUUUGGUUUAGCUAGGCGAUAUGAUCCAAAUAAAAAAUUACAAGUAUUGUUUGGUACACCAGAAUUUGUUGCACCAGAAGUUGUCAAUUUUGAUCAAAUUGGUUAUGGUACUGAUAUGUGGUCCGUUGGUGUAAUUUGUUACGUUUUACUCUCAGGAUUAUCACCAUUUAUGGGCGAAACAGAUAUUGAAACAAUGGCGAAUGUAACAGUUGCUAAAUACGAUUUUGACGAUGAAGCCUUUAAUGAAAUAUCACAGGAUGCAAAAGAUUUUAUAACAAAAUUGUUGGUAAAAGAUCGAGAGGCUCGUGCAACUGCCUCUGAUUGUCUAACACAUCCUUGGUUAAGACGUAAAUUACCGCCACCUACGAAAACCAAAACACCCCCACCUACAAAAGUUAGUGACCCAAUUACUAUACCACCUAGUACACCUGGUUUAGACACUGCCAAAGAUAAUCUACGUGCGUUUGUUGAACGUUGGGGUGAACACCCAGAUUCACCAUAUCUAUUCGAUGUUUCUUCACACGUUAUAAUGCCUUGCCCGCUAGCAUAUAAUAAUUUAACGUCAUCGCAACAUUCAUUACGAGGUAUGUCUCCAUCGCCAUGUGGAUCUUUAGGAUCAUCACCGGAUUCAGUGAUUGAAUAUGAGAAUAAUACUCAAGACAAUAUUAGUGAUUAUGAAUUCGAUCAUAUACAAAAUAGUAUAGAACGACGAGCAUCAGAUAGUUCAUGUGUAGUUUCAAAACGAGACAGUGUUGAAAGAAUUAAUUUAGCUGAAGAAAUUAAAAAAUUAUCUGAUAAAUUAUUCCAAUUAGCUACAAUGCCUACCGAUUUAGUUAACGGUAACGCUAAUUCAUCAUCAUCGAAAGAUGACAAAAAAAGCGAAUCAACUACAAAAGCCGUUCCAACCAAAGAUGAACAAAAAAGUUUGAUCUCCGAAGAAACAACAAAUGAAACGCACAAAAUCAAAACAGAAAAAGUUAAAACCUCCAAAACGGUAACAAAUGGAAAUGUUACCAGUAUAAGCACAUCAACGAAAACUUCAAAAAUCUCAACACCGUUAACAAAUGGAAACGCAACAAAUAUUAAUGCACCUUGGGCGAAUAACUUACAAAAUCGGCGGACAAAAUUUAAAAUAACUAACCUUAAUCGUGAUGUACCGAUAAUAUCACCAACGAAUAAAAAUUCAUUCUUUACCGAAGAUUUUAACACGAAUAAAUUAACACAUUCGUUUACAACAUCCGAUGGUACUUCGUCCUCGUCAUCAUCUAGUCAUUUUUCACGACAAAGUUCCUUAAAUAGCGCUACAAACACUAAAGACUUAUUAUUACAACUAUUAGAUAAAUGGGAUGAUUCACAGGAAUCAGCGCACAAUAAUUUAAAUGGAAGACAUAAAUCGAUUUCCGUUGAUUUUGAAAAUGAAACAUUGGGACAACGUACAAUUAGUUCGUUGAAUACAUUUUUUCAAUCGCGACAAACCUUGAAAAAAACUCAUCCGUUUAUGUCUUCGAACUGAAUGUUUUGUGAUACUUUUGCAAAUAAAUAAAAGUGCCAUAUUUUAUUCACAAAUUGUAAAUAGCUCCAAUUAUACAAAUUUAUUUUUUUUUUAUAGUCGAGUUUUUGUGUUAAACGCGCGAAGGCAGUUAGAGUUUGGAAGCGCCAGUGUAGUCAACUGAGCGGUCAUAUCUCUGCACUUAGGGACAAUAGAAUGAUAACUAACUGACCCUUUGGGUAAGGGUCUAUGAUGCCCAAACUCAAAUUAAAGAUGGUUACAUAACUGUCAUACGAAAGACAGUUCAAAAUGAAUUUUAAGCCCAGAGAAUUGCAUUCGAUGAAACGUAAAAGUAAGCCAACAGAAAUUCGAUUUAACAUGGAAAUCACUUACUAGUAAAUUUACACAAACUAACAUAAAACUACAUAUUUCCACUCUCAAUAUCGAAAAUUAGUAUCGUGUGCAGAUAAUCCAAAUUUUAAUCAUAAUUUAGAGAGACUGCGUAGUAGGUAUCCAAACUACAAUAGAAGGAGAAAGCAACCAGCCAGAGACCAGUAUUAUUAAUAAUGUUUUAUAACUCCAAAUUGAUCGCUUAGGUGUUUCCGAUACCUAAACUACCGCCCAGAGUAUCAUAUCAAAAAUGGGUGGCUCUUAAUAUAUAUAAUUAAACCACUCCCAGAAAUAUAUAUAAUUGAUUACAAUAAUUUUCAUUACCCGACUCCAUUGAAGCAAAAGAGGAUUAUGAAUUAUGACCACAAAUAACACACUCAGAAAUUUUUGAAUUGGAGAAAUUGAACUAAAAUCGGAUAUGACGGUUCUAUCAGCUUGCCAUAGCCACUGGUUCCCGACUGCCGAAUAUGUGCUAAGUUGCCAAAUGUUAAAUUCACAGCGGUAGAUUGACUAUGGUACUUGGCUGCAUAAUGUGCGCUAACUCUUAGAUGAUGAUCUAUGGAGGCUGCAAUAUAAUCCGUCUUUUACCAGCCUGUGUCUCAAAUAAAGGUUAUUAAGUGUGACCCGCGCAUUAUGUUAAUUUAACAACAAUCCCACCGAUAACUAUCGAUAAUACCAAAACUCACUAUAAAUUUGCUAUAAUCCGUUCAAAAUAAUAAUUUAAGUGUCCAUAUUUAUCCCAACAAAAAAAAUCUAUAUUUUUAUUCUAGAUUUAAAGUUAUUAAACAAUUAAUCGUUCUAAAACUGCCUAGUCAAAAAGUGAUUGUCAUCGUAUUUUUUAGUCAAUGGGAAUAUUUAUACUGACUAAGGGCGCGUUUUCAUUGUAAAAAAACCUAUUGCCGAGAAAAAAAAAGUUUUUAAACUCAAUUUUUUCGAAACAUUGAACAAUUCUGACCCAUACUUGCUCUCUUUGUACGUCUGUUUCAAUACUGUUAAAUGUAUUGAAUUGGUUAAAUUCAUUCUCGGUUAAUCGGAAACUUCUAGUAUUUCCUUAAAAAUAAUUCGCAAAACAAUUGAUUUUCCUACCCUUCGGGCGUAAAGUUUCAACUUUCGUCCUGCUGUGCUAACGAAGUUGUCGAUUUAUUUCGCCUCAGUUGAAUGAACUUGAAUUAAACUUAGUCAAUAAUACUAAAUGGAACUUUUUUCCAAUGAAAACGAAGGCCCUUACACGAUUAAUCGUGUUCUAUGUACUUAUUGUUAAAUUA